AGCCGCGCCUCGCAUGCUAUGGAGCAUCCGCUCUUCGGCUGCCUGCGCAGCCCGCACGGCACUGCGCAGGGCCUGCACCCCUUCUCGCAGUCCUCGCUGGCUCUUCACGGGCGCUCGGACCACAUGUCCUACCCCGAGCUCUCCCCGUCAGCCUCGUCUUGUAUAAUCGCGGGCUACGCCAACGAGGAGGGCAUGUUCGCCAGCCAACACCACCCGCGUGGCCACCACCACCACCACCAUCACCACCACCAUCACCCACAGGCGCCCCCGCCCCCGCCGCCGCCGCCGCCGCCCCCGCCGCAGCACCAGGCGCUGCAGGGAAGCUGGCAUCUCCCUCCUCUGGCUUCGCCCCCCGCCGCCGCCCGCCACAGCCUGUGCUUGCAACCCGACGCCGGCGGCGGCCCGGAGCUGGGCGGCAGCGCCCCGGGUUUGUGCGCCUCGGCCGGCAGCUUGGGCGCCAGCACUCCCACGGGGGCGGCUUGCGCGCCAGGGGACUACGGCCGCCAGGCGCUGUCCCCCGGAGAUGCGGAGAAGAGGGCGGGGAAGAGGAAGAGCGACAGCUCAGGGAUCCAGAGCUUUAAUCAAUCAAAAAGCACUUCCAGCCCCUAUGCCAAGCACUGUGAUCAGUGCUGGGGCUUUUCCAUGAAUGGGACCAAGCUCUGGAGUUCAAAUGUCUGCAAUCAAGCAGCAGGCGAGAAGCUCUGCAUCUGGGGCUCCCAGUGCUCUGGAUUGGGAUCGAUUGUCCGUCCACGUCAGUAUCUCGAUAUUGACAUAUCGACAGCAGCAUCAAGACUUCAGUGUACCUGGACUGGGGCCAAGCCCAUUGAAGCGCCUCCUUCCUUCACUGAGGGACAGAGAGGCCUUCAAAGAGUAGAAGACAAUGUUCAUUUCCGUUCUGAGUCUCCCACCAGAGCCUGUAUCACAGAGGCUCUCUGCUGGCCCUUUGCCCGUUUCAUCGUGGCAUCUUUCCUGUGUGCGGAGCUCUGUGCUCACAAGGGGACACUUCCAAAGUCUCUGUGGAAUGGAAAUAGCCAAACUCUUCACCACCGACGGCAGGUUUGCUGGGUGGCACCAAAGGCUCCCGCGGCUUCCUCAGAUGAGGCAGCCCAGGGCUGUAUUAGCUGGACCACAAAGAGCGGUGAAAUAGGGUUAGAAGAACAGACAGUGGGUGGGGCUGAUGAGAAGCUGGCUUUUGCCUGCGCCCAGUGCCUGCUGGCGAAAUGA